AUGUACAAGAUCCUCAAGAAGCACGACAAGCUGCUCUCCAGCAAGGAGGGGCUUGCCGAGAUCUUCCCACGCCUCGUGAAGGCCACACGCAUCAACGAGGUGGAGCGCUUUGAUGCGCUGGACGAGGACUUGAAGAAGAUGUCCCUGGCCAGCUCAAAGACAGAAGACAUCGACGCCUCCCCGGAGGUGGCGCGGCUGAUCGCCGGCCUCGGGCGCAGCGGCGUGGUGGGCCUCACUGUACAGCCAGUAUCCCACCGGAGCGAGCUGGUCCUGAGCUUCUUCCUGGGCAGCUCACUGGCAUUGUUCCUCUCCAUCGGGGUGCUGCUUUGGCUGCCCGAGAAGAGUCCCAGGACCUUCUCUGAGGCGUACUUUCUGACCCCGAUCCCGGUCUUCCGCGUAGUUUUCUCCUUUCUUCUGAUUAUGUGGUGCAUGGGUGCCGUGGCCAAGAUUUGCGGACAGGCAGAUGUCAACCACAUGUUCAUUCUGAACGUGGAUCCUCGCUGCCGAGUCAGCCCAGAGUGGUUCUUUGCGCGUGCUGCCACGCUGACCACAAUUUGGAUCCUAGUCUUUGGCAUGUACGUGGUGGACUACAAGUGGAAGAUUGUGCCAACAGUUUGGUCCACGGAGGGCUUCAACAAGCGAGCCUCUCUACACUUUGUUUUCUACCCCUUGGUGCUUCUACUCCUGGCGGGCCUCGGCGCGGUCAUGCCCUCCACCAUUUGCCGGAAUCGGUACAAGCUGGCAGUGCUGCGCUCCGUAAAGAGGACUGCUAUGGCACCGGUUUUCCCGGUGGACUUUGCGGACAACAUGGUGGGGGAUAUCAUGACCAGCAUCGCGAAGCCCCUGGAGGACGUUCCCGCCGCAAUGUGCUACUUGCUGUCACACCAUCCCCAGGAGGAGGCGGUGGUGCGAAGAUUUGUCACGAAUGGGGACAAUUGCAGCGACGCAACGCAUAGCUUUGUGGUGCCAAUGCUGGCCGGGCUGCCAUUUUUCUUUCGCGCCAACCAGUGCGUGCGGCGGUACCGGGACACCAAGGAGAGCAGACAUUUGUGGAACCUUGGCAAGUACCUUUGUAGCUUGCUGGUGGUGAUUGUCUCCCGACUGGACAACACCAUUCUCUUGAUCACGGUGUCAACCGUUGCUACUGUGUACGCUUUCCUUUGGGACGUGUUCCUGGACUGGGGUCUUGGCUUGUCAGAGUUGCUGCGCAGUGCUCAUGCUGCGGAGGCCAACGGCCACGUCCACGAGCACGGGCAGCCACAGAAGAUCCAGCGACAUUUCCCCAGAAAGGUGUACUGGCUUUGCAGCCUCUUCGACUUAGUGGCACGCUCCACCUGGGUGUUUACGUUGAUGCCGACCAGCCUUGUCACCGGCAACAUCGUUUCGCGGGUGAUCUUUGUUUCCUUGAUGUCCUCGGUGGAGAUCCUGCGUCGCUCCAUGUGGGCAGUGCUGCGCAUCGAGUACGAACAGCUCUCCAACGCCAGCGGCUUCCGAGCGCUGCUUUGGGUGCCGUCCAAGCUGAACGCCGCCUCGGCACCACCGGAGCGAAGCGUCUCAGUGAGCCUCGAGCGGAGGGCUUCAAACACAUCAGGUGACGCCCGGCAGCCCCUGCUCUCGUGA